AUGAAACUUCGAGAUUCUCUUGAGACUGCUAUAGACAAAAUUUUGAAACAUUACCGAAAAUUCAAUUGGGUCUACAGUUCAGUUUUAAUUCUAGAUCCUAGAUUUAAAUACGAAAUGUUUCAGAAGACAAAAUGGGGUCGUGAAAUGGCUUCUGACUCUUUAAAAAAAUUUAAUAAAAUUUUUGAAGAUUUAUACGCACCAAAAAAAUCUAGAAAUCAACCAGAAGAUAACUUCCAAUCGCCACAUGACAACAAUGCAAGCGCUAAUGAAAACGAUAAAGAUGAAUUUAAUAUUCUCUCAUUUUUCGAACAGGUUUCUGUACCUGCAUGGCGUGAAGAAGUUGAUGGAUAUUUGAAAGCACCAUUCGCUGACAGGAAGACAGACAUUGGACUCUGGUGGAAGCAAAAUCAAAAUAUCUAUCCUAAUUUAAGUCGCAUGGCCAGAGAUCUCUUCAGCAUUCAAGCGACUUCUGCACCGGCAGAACGUCUAUUUUCAAAGGCUGGAUUAAUUAUAAGAAAACAACGGAAUCGACUAAAUAAUGAAUCGGCUAGAACAUGUAUCUGUCUCAAUUCUUGGAUGACAUGCAGUUUACACUCAAUUAUAACAAAAAAAACUGAGAAAUUCGUAGAAUUGUGA